AUGACUACCCAAAGCAUCCUUCCCUGUGCUUACACUGGGCCCAACUCUCCUCCCUGGUCCCUGAGUGUCCUGUUGGCCUUGCAGCAUCUCCUGGUCCAGGCCUCCUUUCUCUGCAUCUUUCACUUGCUCUUCCUAGCCACACUCCCUCCCAGUAAGCUGGAUGGUUUUCAGUGCUGGAAUGAACUUCUGGCGCGCAACUUCUUUGCCUGUGGCAUCUCUACAGCAUUACAAUGUGGACUAGGUACUAGGUUGCCAUUGGUUCAAGCACCAUCUUUUGAGUUCCUUAUCCCAGCCAUGGUUCUGACCCAACAUACAGCUCCCAUUCAUCAGUCAAAAGGAAACAGCACUGGUGCCCCUAAUGAAUACUCUGGUCUAAACCGCGAAAAUACAAGAAAUUGGGACUGGUUACUCUGUGAGGUCUCUGGUGCAGUAUUGGUCUCAGCUGUGGUGCAGGUGGCAUGUGGAGUGUCAGGUGCCUGUGGCUGGAUUGCCAAGCAUUGUGGGCCGAUGGUUCUGGCUCCAAGCCUUGCUGUCAUUGGACUUUCAGCAUACAGGCCUGCUGCUCUUCUCUGCUCUGAAAACUGGGGGAUAGCCAUGCUACUUGUGUUGCUGAGUAUUUUGCUAUCACAGCACCUGGCUUCCUGUCGGUUGCCCCUCUGCCAGUGGAGCCGGGCAGGGGGCCUCUCUAUAAGAUCACGUAGCCCAAACCUUCAUAUGUUCUCGGUUCUGUUGCCAGUCUCUGGAAUCUGGCUUGUUUGUGGGAUUCUGAAUCCCAUCCCAAUUCCGUGGGAUGUGUUGCACCCUUCCAUGCGUCAUGUGACCCUCACCAACAACACCCUGCAGUCCCCGUGGCUCCAGGUGCCUUAUCCAGGUGAACAGGGCUGGCCUCUACUCAGUACCUCUGCAGUAGCCAUCGGUGCUGCAAUGGGUGUGGCUGCAAGUAUUAAUUCUAUAGGCUGCUAUUUGCUUUGUAGCAAAGCACUGAGGGAACCACCUGCGCCUCAGCAUGCAUGCAACAGAGGGCUCUGUGCUGAGGGCCUAGGCAGUCUCCUGUCUGCUCUGCUGGGGAGUGUGUCUGGAACAGCAUCCAGUAUGCCGAACGUCUGUGCCAGCCAUCUGACUCAGGCUACCUCAAUCCGCUCAGUGUGGGUUAGUGCUCUGGCGUGCAUCCUGCUGGGCUUAUCUCCUCGGCUGACGGGACUCCUUGCCACCAUUCCUCUGGCAGUUCAUGGAGGAAUGCUCUGUGUGACAUAUAGCGUGGCUGUGGGCACUGGCAUCUCAUGCUUCCAAUACACGAACAUUGACUCAGGAAGGAACAUCUUCAUUGUGGGCUUCACCAUGUUCAUGGGACUGCUGGUUCCGAAAUGGCUUUUCGCUGCUCCAGAGUCCCUGGCCACAGGGUGUGUCCCUGUAGACCUCUUCCUCCUUUCUCUGCUGAUGGUUCCUGCAUUUAUUACUGGAAUCCUGUCUUUCUUUUUAGAGAAUACAGUCUCAGGUACCCUGCAAGAGCGUGGAUUGCUCAGCCACCUCGUAUCAUGCAAACCGGAAACAGCAGAGAAUCUUCUGAAAGAACACAAUAUGAAUUCUGCACAAAGAUACAGGCUGCCGCGUGUCCUGAGAAAGCAACAGCUACCUUCAUGGUGCAAGGGCUUCCCUUUCUGUUUUCUCUGUCCCCCAGAAGAAGCAAAAGAGGCGGCUCACGGGGAUUUCGUCCCUGGCCCUCAAUGGAUCCCCUUGUACCCGAUGACUACAACUCCCGGCAUGCUGGAGGAGUGA